AGUAUGACUCAACGACAGAGAAGAUGAAUUUUUAUUUUUAGCGGUGCUCAACAGCAAGUCGGGAAACUUUUCAUUUUCAAAUAAUACAGUUCAACGGCAAAUCAAAUGAGCUUUUACUUUCCAUAUAAUACUAAUUUCUCUUUCUCUCUCUCUCUCUCUAUCUCAAAUAAAGUUAAUUUUACUCAAGUUUGACACUUUACAUAUGUGUGUGAUAAUCAGCUGUUUGAUCAUAUGGUGACAUGGCAAAGUAAAAUUAUGAUCAACGCGGAGGAUAUGUAAAUAUUGUGUGACAAUUACAGUUUAAUAUUAAAUCCUGUGAUAAAAGUAUUAAAGAGUUGUUUUCAAGAGAAAAAUCUAAGAUAAUCUUAUAAAAUUCAUGUAAUGCGUGCAAGUAACUAAUAAUGGAAGCUGUUAAUGACUUGGAGCAAUUUCUUACUGACACUUGGCUUGACAUUGUCCAUCUUGUACGUGAGUCUGCGGUCUACAUAGAUCAUGCAGCAACAGAAUGCUUGCAUUGGUAUACUGGUGGCAAGACCUACUCCUUCUUUAAAGAUGCUGAUGCAGUGUCAGUUUACGAAUUGGCCAUGUAUAAUUUUCGUUAUGUCAAAGUGAAGAAUUGCAAGAAGGCAGUGAUUAUUUCAACUUCCUGCAGUCCAGCUUUUUAUCAACGCACAGUCAAGAUGAUAAUGGAGAAAAAUAUAUUUGAUUGCUGUACAAUUGUCACUGCUGCACAUUCGAGUGUACUGAAUUACGAAGAUACAGUACCACAAGAGGAUAGAAUAGAUUAUGCCAAAUUAAAGAGAGAUGUGAAAAGCUGGAUGUGUUCCAAUCAGCAAUCACAGGAUUGCUCGGUAACAGUAUUAUUUCGGCCAAUUUUCAUUAGUCCAAUAGACAAUGAUCUAUUGGUAACACCACCUUUCAGUGAUUUACUACCACCUUUGAAUAACAUUUUAACGCAAGAUUCUAAGUGCACAGUCAAUCAUUUCGUAAGUUUAUUUCACAGCUUGUUCACAUAUCUAAAUUUAAAAGAAGAUAUUUAUUCCAUGGGGAAAUUCAGUGAAUAUGUUGCUGAAAAGUUGGAAACGUUACCAGCAGCUGUUAAUCGUAGGAAUAGUUUAAUUGGUACAAAAGGGAUAUCGUUAAUCUUCGUCGAUAGAACAUUAGAUCUUUGUACUCCUACCAGUAAUAAUACUGAAUCGUUAUUGGCCAGAAUAUUGUGCACUUUGCCUCAUUUACCUCAUCAUUGUAACGACAUUGCGAUAAACAUGUCUCCCCUAUUUUGUAGUCCACAGGAAGCCUCACAAUUUGUCGAGAUACCAGGGUGCUUGGCUAGUAACGACAGAAACCUAAUGAACGUGUUAAUCACGAAAAAACAGAAGGAAGUGUUGACCACUACAAACAAAAUGCUCAUCGAUAUUCUGUCAAUGAAAGAGAAUCAAAAACCGAAGGAAAACCUGAAAUCGAAGCUAGCAACGAGGAUUUCCGCGCACAGUUUAGAGAAGCUCGUAAAUAAAUUCAAAGAUAUAGACGAUCUUCAUGCUAUAUCGGAGUCAAGCAAAAAACUUCAAGUAGUGCUGGCAAUUAUACAAGCCCUAACGUCGGGGAAAACUUCACAAUUAGAACUGCUGAUCAGUCUCGAAAAGCUAGUUUUACAGAACAUAGCUGUAAGCCGUGAAUCUACGAGCGUACUUGGACAAUUCGGUAAUAUAAUAAGAACACGCGAGAAACGAGGCCUAGAUACAGAAAGUAUAUUGGCGCUUCUAGUGCAUAUUUUUGCGCUUGCCGGAACAGAGAUACAGUUCUCCCCUCAGCAAGAGCAGCAAUUGAAGGAGUCCAUCGCCGACGCUGUACUCGAGGACAUCAUAAAAUUAAACGAGAACGUGGUGAACACCAAAAUGUCGGUCUAUCAACAAACUUUAUUACUUUUUGGUGUUGCUGAUGCCGAAGCCAUGAAAGAGAUCUCCGCAAAGGUGGCAGAAAGCAUUAUGAACAUUCUACAUGAGAUAGCACAACAACGCGCAUUUUUACAUAAUUACACCUCCUUAAUGUCGAAGUCGAGCUCUCAAGAGAUCGUUCAACGCGUGAGUAUCUUACAACAAUUACUAAGGGAUGUGCUGCAUCCAGAGAGAUACGAGCUUCCUGAUUUACAUCAGAGAUCACCCUCAUUUAUUUCUGCUGGAUUCAAUUUGUUCUCCAAGGGCCGAAUGAAACGCCAUCCCUGUGACAAUAAUUGGAUUAUUGUCUAUGUCGUUGGGGGUGUAACACCAGAGGAAGUAAGAGAAGUCAAGGAGGUUAUAUCGAUAUUCAAACCAAAUUGCCAGAUAACAAUAGCUGGUUCGAGAUUGUUAAACCCAUUAGACGUGGUGGACAAAGUUCUCCUAUCCUCAAUUGAUUAUUGAUAGAAAUUAUUAUUUCAUUAUGUGCUAUCACAAAGUCCAUUUUAUACCAGAAUUACAAAUUGUAUAAUGUAUUUUUUUUGCAUGUUCCAUAGACUUUAAAUGACAUAUAAACUUGUUAGAUUCUCUA